CUCAAAGCGACCUGAAAUGAGCCCGGCAAACCCCAUUAAAAUGGAUUCAAAUGAAAAGACAAAAAAGAUCGUCGGCGCAGACGAGUAUCAGCAAGCUCGGGCGCAUCUUCUCAAGCAAGAAAAGGAAGCUACACAGUUAUUGCAGCGACUAGCCGCCUCACGCCGAGAACUUCCUAUGGUGCAAAUCUCCAACCCGGAUCGAUUCAAAUUCGACACUCCAGAAGGAGAAAAAAGCCUUGUAGAUAUCUUCGAUGGCCGUAACCAAUUGAUCAUCUACCACUUCAUGCUUGGCCCGGGCGAGCAUGCUGGCUGUGUGGGGUGUUCCUUUUGCAUGGACCAUAUUCCCAAUCUCGAGCAUCUGCGCAGCCGAAAUACCUCGUUUGCCGCGGUCGCUACUGCCCCAUUGUCUGAGAUCACUACGUAUCGAAAGAGGAUGGGAUGGAAGUUCCCUUUUUAUAGUUCUGCUAAAACUCACCAGGCAUGGAAAGAGGCUGAGCAGGCGGGCGAGACUGUUACUUGGAAGCCUGGCAAUGGGUAUUUCGGUCUCUGCGUUUUCAGCAAAGACGGCGAUCGCGUCUUCCAUACUUAUGACACUACCGCUCGGGGGUUGGAAAGUAUUCUGUCGACAUACCAUCUGUUGGAUAUGACGCCGAUGGGUCGGCAGGAGGUCGGCAAUGGGAUGAAUGAAUUUAGUCUUCAUGAUGAGUAUGGGGUCGAAAAGUAAAGCUUGGAUUGACGGGGCUAAAGCUAGCUACAAAAGUUCGAUUGAUUUGCAUCGUGAUAGUCUUCGGGGCGAGAAUGAUAUUGUAUGACAAUCAGACCGAGUGCUCGAAAGAUGUCAGAUCCUAAUUAAAAACACCUCAAUUAGCCAUGGAUCAUGGAUAUAAGCGAAUAUAUGAUUUUGCAAAUUCAAAGAGAC